CCUGCAAUAAGCACACGCUCCCUUGUUCUGAAGUGCGGCGUUUCAAUUUGCACACAAAUGGAGAACAUUCCUCGCCCAUGUUCGGGUAAUAUACUCCUAAUUGUCGUGCUACUUUUUGCUGUACCAAGAGAAACCAGUACAGUAAGCGUUCGAUUAAUUGGCGGUGGUAACCCGUACCAAGGUACAGUCCAAGUGUUUUACGGAGGCUGGGGUACAAUAUGUGAUGAUUCAUGGGAUAUCAAUGACGCACGAGUAAUCUGCCGAAUGCUUGGAUAUGGCCAAGCUGUGUCUGCUCCUCAUGGUGCUCACUUCGGACAAGGCUCAGGGAGCAUCCUGAUGGACGAUGUACGAUGUUCGGGUCACGAGACCGACAUAUCACAUUGCCCUUUUAGGGGUUGGCAUAGUCACGAUUGCAGUCACGGUGAAGACGCUGGAGUCGUGUGCCGUCCACCGACUGUUAGAGUCCGUCUGGUAGGUGGGUCAUCUUCAACAGAAGGACGAGUAGAGGUGUAUUAUAACAGUCGCUGGGGCACGGUGUGCGAUGACUCAUGGGAUAUUAACGACGCCACGGUGGUGUGUAGGAUGCUGGGAUACGUAGCCGCUCGUGCUGUUGGUAACGCCUACUUUGGAAAAGGAUCCGGGACCAUAUGGAUGGACGGUGUACGAUGCUCUGGAUCCGAGACAAAUAUAGAACAAUGUCCCUUCAACGGCUGGGGCUCUCACGAUUGCCAACACCUUGAAGAUGCUGGGGUAAUCUGUCGGCCAUACGCCGCGCCUCAGGUUCCACCUUUGAAUGUCCGAGCUUCAAGCAUUAACUCUACGACCAUCGUUGUUUGGUGGGAUGCGAUUCCUUCCAACGGGACGGACACGCUCAUCCGGUCUUAUCGGGUCUAUUGCCACGAGGUUAAUACCUCGGUAACCAUAACAUCUACGACCAGUGCGAGCAACAGACAAGCUGCCUUUACCAGCCUUGAGGUUUACACAGAUUACGAGAUUCAAGUUGCAGGCGUCAACCAAAAUGGCGAAGGUGCUAGAAGUAUCGCUCUUACUGUAAGAACAGAUGAAGAAAUCCCGAUAGCUGCUCCUAACGUGACGAGUGUAAUAAAUAACAACUCUACUAGUCUCUUCGUGGCCUGGGAUCCGCUCUCAAGCGAGCAGAUCCUUGGAAGGCUCCUCGGAUACUACAUCUGGUACUCUCCCGCCCCUGGCCCCUGCUCUCUCCUCAACAACUGCUCUUCAGCAAACAGCACAUCGUGCACAAACACAACAGCCGCGCCAAGCAGCAACUGCUCCUUGGCUACAAACGCCACAGCGAGCGCAAACACAACAGCAGCGCAAAACAGUGACUGCUCCUUGUCUACAAACGCCACAGCGAGCGCAAACACAACAGCCGCACCAAACAGUAACUGCUCCUUGUCUACAAACGCCACAGCGAGCGCAAAUACAAGUGAAGCGACCGGUAACAGCUGCUCAUACGCGUUCAACGCCAGCGCACCUCAGAUGAACGUGACAGUAGAGCCCGAAGCUUUACAGUACGUCCUGCGAGGGCUGACAAAGUUCACGGCCUAUUGGGUCCAAGUUGCGGCGUUUAACAGCAAGGGAGUGGGGCCUAGGAACUCCGCUAUAAGGCGGUGCACGGACCAGGACGUGCCCAGUGCUCCCCCGUCUAAUUUGCGCGUGCUAAACCAGACAUCCACUAGCAUCGAAAUCGCUUGGGACGGGAUUCCUGUAGAGCGCAUGCACGGCGUGUUACUGGGCUAUAGAGUGGCGUAUGGACUUCUGGGUAUUCCAGGAUCAAAUGCAUCUUUAGUUCAAAUAGAUGUAGCUGAGCCAGACACAUAUCAACAGACUCUCACUGGUCUGCGGAAAUACUCGUCAUACUGGAUUACAGUAACCGGUUUUACCAGUAUUGGGGAUGGGCCAGUAAGCGAGCCUGUAAACGCUACGACAGACCAACAUGUACCCAGUGUUCCUCCAUCAAAUGUGCGCGCAUACUCGAAUAGCUCCAACAGCCUUCAAGUAGACUGGGACCAAGUACCUUCAGCCUUGGCUCAUGGCGUAUUAUUGGGUUACCUGGUUACUUACAGAAAGAGCGGAGCUGGGGCUGUACUAAGAAGACAGACUGCGCUUGACAGGACUGGCAUACUGCUGACCGGUUUACAGCCGUACUCGGUGUAUGACAUUCAUGUCAGCGCGUUUACCGUCAAAGGUUAUGGACCACAGAGCGGCGUGGUGUCCGUGCGCACAGAACAAGACGUACCCAGUACAUACCCUUCGAAUGUCAGUGUCAUCAUGGAAACAUCAAGUAGUAUAUCAAUACAGUGGGACCCAGUCUCCACUCCUCAGAUCCACGGCGUCUUGCUAGGCUAUCACGUGACGUACGGUGCGCUCAAGAACAGCUCCGUGAAUGUGACGUGUCAAACCGGUCCGUCCAGUCACCAACUGGUUUUGUCAGGGCUCGAUGCGUACACCACGUACUGGGUGGAGGUUGCGGCUUUUACUGUGAAGGGACCAGGCCCCUUUAGUCCGCCGAUUAUGGCGACCACUGACCAAGAUGUCCCCUCCGCAGCCCCUUCGAGCAUGCGCACAACAAACGUCACGUCUACUAGCCUUGAAGUACACUGGGCACCAGUCCCCCCACAACAAGCCCGCGGGGUAUUGCUUGGGUACACUGUGUCUUUUAGCUCGCUGAACAAGACGAGUCACACGAAAAACGUAUCUCCGAAUUCUACCCAGUUGGUGUUAAGAGGCCUCCAGGCGUACACUGAUUAUAACAUCACACUUUCAGCAUUUACCAAUAAGGGGUCAGGCCCUCAAGCUCGCCUUCCGGUGAGGACAGCCGAAGACGUUCCCGAUACUUCUCCGAACAAUCUGCGUGUAUUAAACCAGACCUCCACAAGCAUCGAAAUCGCCUGGGACGGGAUCCCUGUGGACCGCGUGCACGGCGUGUUACUGGGUUACAGGGUGGCGUAUGGACUUCUGGGUAUUCCUGGGUCAAAUGUUUCUAUUGUCGGACCUGACACAUUUCAAACCACUCUCACUGGUUUGCGGAAAUACUCGUCAUACUGGAUUACAGUAACCGGUUUUACCAGUAUUGGGGAUGGGCCAGCGAGUGAGGCUGUGAACGCUACGACAGACCAACAUGUUCCCAGUGUUCCUCCCUCGAAUGUGCGCACGCAUGUCAAUGGCUCCACCAGCAUUCAAGUGGAUUGGAACCCAGUACCCAUCGUUUUUAUACAUGGUGUCCUGGUGGGCUACCUGGUUUCUUACAGAAAGAGAGGGACUGGGGCGUUCGUGACAAAUCAAUCUGCGCCUGGCACAACGAGCAUAUUGCUGACUGGCUUGCAGCCGUACUCUGUGUACGAUAUUCACGUCAGCGCGUUUACCAUAAAAGGUUAUGGACCACGAAGCGGAGUCGUUUCUGUGCGAACAGACCAAGACGUACCCAGUGCUUGGCCACCAAAUGCCCGAACAACCAUCACUACGCCAAGCAUCAUAUUUCUACAAUGGGACCCAGUCUCCACUCCUCAGAUCCACGGCGUCUUGCUAGGCUAUCACGUGACGUACGGUGCGCUCAAAAACAGCUCCGUGAAUGUGACCCGUCAAACCGGUCCGUCCAGUCACCAACUGGUUUUGUCAGGGCUUGAUGCGUACACCACGUACUGGAUGGAGGUGGCGGCUUUUACUGUAAAGGGGCCAGGCCCCUUUAGUCUGCCGAUUAUGGCGACUACUGACCAGGAUGUCCCCUUCGCUGCUCCUGGAGACAUCCGCGCAACAAAAGUCACAUCCACAAGCUUGACAAUAAAAUGGGAUCCAGUCCCUCCGCACGAAGCGCGCGGUGUUUUGCUUGGGUACACUGUGUCUUAUAACUCUCUGAAUCAAACAAGCUUCACAACUGACGUGCUCCCGAAUAUAACAGGCCUGGCGCUGCAAGGUCUAAAGGCGUUCACUGUUUAUCAUAUCACAGUCGCAGCAUUCACUGAUAAGGGUAGAGGCCCUAACGCAAGACUUACAUUGAAAACAGAUGAGGAUGUACCCAGUGCCCGUCCGACCAAUCUGCGCAUAUUAAACCAGACCUCCACCAGCAUCAUUGUCGCGUGGGAUGGGAUCCCUGUGGUCCGAAUUCAUGGCGUGUUACAGGGCUAUAGAGUGGCGUAUGGACUUCAGGAAAGUCUUGUGUCAAGUGACGCAGCGAAUAUAUCUCUCGUGCAAAGGAUCAAAGUUGGCCCUGACACGUCUCAACACAUGAUCACUGGUCUACAGAAAUUCUCGUCAUACUGGAUUACAGUAACCGGUUUUACUAGUAUUGGAGAUGGGCCAGCCAGUGACCUGUUAAAUGUUAUGACUGAUCAAGAUGUCCCCAGUUCUCCGCCCUCAAACGUGCGCGCGAACGUCAAUGGCUCCACAAGCAUUCAGGUGGACUGGGACAAAGUACCUUCACCCUUAGUACAUGGCAUUCUUAUGGGUUACCUUGUUACCUACAGAAAGAGCGGGACUGGGGUAAUGGCAGAGAAUGAAACUGCGCCUGGCACGACAAGCAUACUGCUGACCGGUUUACAGCCCUACUUUUUGUACGAUAUACAAGUCAGCGCGUUUACCGUCAAAGGUUGUGGACCACAGAGCGGUGUAGUUUCUGUACGAACAGAACAAGACGUACCCAGUGCAUCGCCACCAAACGUCCGAAAAACCAUCAGCACGCCAAGCAUCAUAUUUCUACAGUGGGACCCAGUCCCCACUCCUCAGAUCCACGGCGUCUUGCUAGGCUAUCACGUGACGUACGGUGCGCUCAAGAACAGCUCCGUGAAUGUGACUCAUCAAACCGGUCCGUCCAGUCACCAACUGGUUUUGUCAGGGCUUGAUGCGUACACCACGUACUGGAUGGAGGUGGCGGCUUUUACUGUAAAGGGGUCAGGCCCCUUUAGUCCGCCGAUUAUGGCGACCACUGACCAAGAUGUCCCCUCCGCAGCCCCUUCGAGCAUGCGCACAACAAACGUCACGUCUACUAGCCUUGAAGUACACUGGGCACCAGUCCCCCCACAACAAGCCCGCGGGGUAUUGCUUGGGUACACUGUGUCUUUUAGCUCGCUGAACAAGACGAGUCACACGAAAAACGUAUCUCCGAAUUCUACCCAGUUGGUGUUAAGAGGCCUCCAGGCGUACACUGAUUAUAACAUCACACUUUCAGCAUUUACCAAUAAGGGGUCAGGCCCUCAAGCUCGCCUUCCGGUGAGGACAGCCGAAGACGUUCCCGAUACUUCACCGAACAAUCUGCGUGUAUUAAACCAGACCUCCUCAAGCAUCGAAAUCGCCUGGGACGGGAUCCCUGUGGACCGCGUGCACGGCGUGUUACUGGGUUACAGGGUGGCGUAUGGACUUCUGGGUAUUCCUGGGUCAAAUGUUUCUAUUGUCGGACCUGACACAUUUCAAACCACUCUCACUGGUUUGCGGAAAUACUCGUCAUACUGGAUUACAGUAACCGGUUUUACCAGUAUUGGGGAUGGGCUAGCAAGUGAGGCUGUGAACGCUACGACAGACCAACAUGUUCCCAGUGUUCCUCCCUCGAAUGUGCGCACGCAUGUCAAUGGCUCCACCAGCAUUCAAGUGGAUUGGAACCCAGUACCCAUCGUUUUUAUACAUGGUGUCCUGGUGGGCUACCUGGUUUCUUACAGAAAGAGAGGGACUGGGGCAUUCGUGACAAAUCAAUCUGCGCCUGGCACAACGAGCAUACUGCUGACUGGCUUACAGCCGUACUCUGUGUACGAUAUUCACGUCAGCGCGUUUACCAUAAAAGGUUAUGGACCACGAAGCGGCAUCGUUUCUGUGCGAACAGACCAAGACGUACCCAGUGCUUGGCCACCAAAUGCCCGAACAACCAUCACUACGCCAAGCAUCAUAUUUCUACAAUGGGACCCAGUCCCCACUCCUCAGAUCCACGGCGUCUUGCUAGGCUAUCACGUGACGUACGGUGCGCUCAAAAACAGCUCCGUGAAUGUGACCCGUCAAACCGGUCCGUCCAGUCACCAACUGGUUUUGUCAGGGCUUGAUGCGUACACCACGUACUGGAUGGAGGUGGCGGCUUUUACUGUAAAGGGGCCAGGCCCCUUUAGUUCGCCGAUUAUGGCGACUACUGACCAGGAUGUCCCCUCCGCUGCUCCUGGAGACAUCCGCGCAACAAAAGUCACAUCCACAAGCAUGACAAUAAAAUGGGAUCCAGUCCCUUCGCACGAAGCGCGCGGUGUUUUGCUUGGGUACACUGUGUCUUAUAACUCUCUGAAUCAAACAAGCUUCACAACUGACGUGCUCCCGAAUAUAACAGGCCUGGCGCUGCAAGGUCUAAAGGCGUUCACUGUUUAUCAUAUCACAGUCGCAGCAUUCACUGAUAAGGGUAGAGGCCCUAACGCAAGACUUACAUUGAAAACAGAUGAGGAUGUACCCAGUGCCCGUCCGACCAAUCUGCGCAUAUUAAACCAGACCUCCACCAGCAUCAUUGUCGCGUGGGAUGGGAUCCCUGUGGUCCGAAUUCAUGGCGUGUUACAGGGCUAUAGAGUGGCGUAUGGACUUCAGGAAAGUCUUGUGUCAAGUGACGCAGCGAAUAUAUCUCUCGUGCAAAGGAUCAAAGUUGGCCCUGACACGUCUCAACACAUGAUCACUGGUCUACAGAAAUUCUCGUCAUACUGGAUUACAGUAACCGGUUAUACUAGUAUUGGUGAUGGGCCAGCCAGUGACCUGUUAAACGUUACGACUGAUCAGGAUGUGCCCAGUUCUCCGCCCUCAAACGUGAGUGCGAACGUCAAUGGCUCCACAAGCAUUCAGGUGGACUGGGACAAAGUACCUUCAGCCUUAGUACAUGGCAUUCUUAUGGGUUACCUUGUUACCUACAGAAAGAGCGGGACUGGGGUAAUGGCCGAGAAUGAAACUGCGCCUGGCACGACAAGCAUACUGCUGACCGGUUUACAGCCCUACUUUUUGUACGAUAUACAAGUCAGCGCGUUUACCGUCAAAGGUUGUGGACCACAGAGCGGCGUAGUUUCUGUACGAACAGAACAAGACGUACCCAGUGCAUCGCCACCAAACGUCCGAAAAACCAUCACCACGCCAAGCAUCAUAUUUCUACAGUGGGACCCAGUCCCCACUCCUCAGAUCCACGGCUUCUUGCUAGGCUAUCACGUGACGUACGGUGCGCUCAAGAACAGCUCCGUGAAUGUGACUCAUCAAACCGGUCCGUCCAGUCACCAACUGGUUUUGUCAGGGCUUGAUGCGUACACCACGUACUGGAUGGAGGUGGCGGCUUUUACUGUAAAGGGGUCAGGCCCCUUUAGUCCGCCGGUUAUGGCGACCACUGACCAAGAUGUCCCCUCCACUGCUCCCGGAAACAUGCGCACAACAAACGUCACUUCAACUAGCGUGACGUUACACUGGGAUCCAGUCCCUUCAAGACAAACUCGCGGACUAUUGCUUGGGUACGCUGUGUCAUUUGCUUCUCUAAACGGAUCUCGUUCUGUAAUCCACGCCCCGCCAAGUUCCACGGAGUUGGCGUUACGUGGCCUCAAGGCGUUCACUGUUUAUGACAUCACGCUGGUGGCAUUUACCACCAAGGGGACUGGUCCUGUGGCACGUAUAAUGAUAAGAACAGAAGAAGAUGUACCAUCUGUAGCACCUACAAUUAUCAAAGCAGCCAACCAGAGCUCGACAAGUCUUACUGUGCAAUGGAGUCGGAUUCCGCCCGGACUUACAAGAGGCGUUUUGCUUGGAUACCGCGUGACAUAUACCCAGUAUGACUCAGGAGCUACGUACACGCGUGACACUGCAGCUGGCGUGACGCGUAUGACUCUUACCAGUCUCACGCCUUAUAUGGUGUACACUGUGAGCGUGGCUGGGUUCACGAGCAAAGGGACUGGGCCUGAAAGCUAUAACGUCACGCUUUCUACCGACGAAGAUGUCCCUAGCGUCGCGCCGUUCAUCAACCACGCCACAAACCUCUCAUCCACCAGCAUUCUCGUCCAGUGGACCGCUAUACCUACCGGUCACGUGCGAGGCGUGUUGCUAGGUUACAGGGUGUACUUCAAGAGCGUCCAUAGCACGGCGUAUCUUAGCAACCAGACGGGACCAAGCGAGGUGCGGGUUUUGUUGCGGGGGCUUGAUGUCUACACGGGAUAUACCAUACAAGUGGCUGCAUUCACCGCCAAGGGCGAGGGACCGAGAUCGACAGACGUUGAUGUCUCUACUGAAGAAGACGUUCCAAUAGCGUCACCGAUUAACGUUCAGGCGGCGAAUCAAAGCUCUACCAGCCUGCGCGUGCGCUGGGGCCCAGUCCCCGAGGGUCGUGUUCACGGUGUGUUGCUAGGUUAUCAUGUGACGUAUCGGCAAGUGAAUGGCUCGUGGUUCAGGUCUGACGUCACGAAGGAGCGUGAGCUGGUGCUGAGUGGUCUUCAAGUGUAUACGGUGUAUAGCGUGAGGGUUGCCGCGUACACCAGGAUGGGAGAUGGACCGGCAAGCCCAGAAGUCAUUGCGCACACAGAUGAAGGAGUUCCCGCUGUUUCACCUGACGUCACACGUGCAGACAACAGAAGCUCCACUAGCAUCCUCGUCCAGUGGCGCCCAGUCCCUCCCGGCUUAACACAAGGAGUUUUACUGGGCUAUCAUGUGAUAUACUCUGAGUCGAUGAACACUACAACAGUUGUCAGCAAGCGCACAAAAGAAACCUCGAUUGUCCUUUCGGGUCUUCGCAAAUACACGCGAUAUCGCGUCACGGUGGCAGCAUACACAAGCAGAGGAGAUGGAGUUCGGAGUAACGCAACAUUCGUCACAACAGACCAGGAUGUUCCAUCUGUUGCCCCGUCUCGCCUGCGCACAGCAAAUAUCACCUCAUCAGCCAUCAGCGUGACUUGGGAUCCGAUUCCUGCUCAGAGAGCGAACGGAAAACUCUUAGGCUAUCGUGUGACAUGUAACGCAAGCAGUUAUCAUGUCACGCGCAAUGAAGCCAGUGGCUCGUUACGUUACACGCUCAGCGGCCUUCUCAGUUACACGUGGUACAGGAUUUACGUCACUGGAUUUACAGUCAAGGGGGAUGGACCAAUCAGCGAAGACCUUCAUGUGCGGACGGCCGAGAAUGCUCCAGACCUCGCUCCACAAAAUGUGCGAGCCGUGAACCAGAGCUCGACUAGCUUGCUGGUCACGUGGGACCCGUUACCCGCGGGACACACGCGCGGCGAGCUGGCCGGCUAUAGGGUCUGGUACCGAGCAGUGGAUGACAGCGAUGACGAGAGGGUAGUACUUGUAUCAUCUGAUAGAAGUGACGUCAUCAUACGGGACCUUCGCCUGUUUACUGUGUACGCCGUGCAGGUGGAAGCAUUUACAGGGAAAGGGACUGGACCGAGGAGUGAGCCUUACCGCGUAUUGACUGACGAAGGGGUUCCCACUGCAGCCCCAUACAACAUCACCACAGAACCUGUCAAUUCCACUGCUGUUAUCAUCCAAUGGUAUGGCGUCUCUAAGGAGCACCUGUUUGGGUACUUUGGAGGAUACCACGUGACCUACAGAAGGCUGACGUAUGCGUCAUGUGAAGUGUCUGUACGCACUUCUGGCACGCAGGUGGUUCUGGGAUCGCUUGAGCCGGGUGUCGAGUACAAAGUCCAGGUCUCCGCCUCGACGGGCCGAGGGGACGGACCCUGGAGCGAGGCUGUCAUGUUCUCGACUGGAGGUGCUAUAGAAUACAAUACAGCAGCGAUGGUUUCGAAUGGCUCAGCGGCGUGGCAGUUUGUAGCCCCACCCGUGGGGGUGGUACUGGCACUGAUUAUCUUAGUACUUGUUGGUGGAGCGGUCUACUGGAAAAGAAGGAACAGGGAACCCAAAGAGGAUCGGGUCAAAGUGAGCCCGCGAGACGACAUCGAGCUCAAGGAGAAAGAUGACAAAGAUCCAAUCGCUUUCAAGAAUCCCACUUACGACGAUAUUUGACUCAGCUAGAGCAAGCAGACUUGGCAGCUUAAACCUACACUGGACUCUGGAAUUAACCCUGUUCCUGACUGUGACCCGGACGGGCCAUGGAUUACACUAUGGUCUCAUUUUCCCGAGUUCAGACGCCGGAUCCCCCUAUACGGAAGCGUCUAAAUCUGCAAAUCUGAACUGCGUCCAGAGGUCCAUUACAGAUUCCAGUCCAGGUUUUAGUAGUACCAGCAAACUAACGUCUUGCAUAUUUUACUAAUUUGAGCUUUGAUUUUUUCUUUUUAUUAUUAAAAUAAUUCUUUAUCCAAGACAUUUCUUGUCAUGAUAUCUUCAAAAACGGCCUAAUUUUCAUGAACAAAACAAAUUUCCAAUCUCUUUUAUCGCUAUUCCAUUUUUAUCGAUACUUCUUUUGGAUUAUUAUACAAUAAAAUGAUCAGCAAAGAAAAUAAAAAUAAUCAAUGGUAUGGCGAUAUUUCUGAAACAGAACGAGCAAACCACUUGCCGCGAAAAAAAAAUGCCAAAGAAUAAAUCUAUAACUUUUUUAUCAGAUAUCAUCAAUGGUUGAUCUCUUUAAACGUUCACAUCAUAAAAACAAAUGUCAUGAAAAGAGGUCUAUCAAGUCUAUCAUUAAAUAUGAUCAGUAAAUUGUGUGGAGCUAGUCGUAAUCAUUAAAGCAAUAAAAGAUAUCAGAAGUAUUGUA